AGGAGCUGUUUUAAAAGAAGAGGAAAGCGGCAGUGCACAGACAGCAGCUGAAACUGACGGGAUUGCGAUAACAGCAGCAGCAGCAGCAGCAACCAAGAGAGCAAAUCAUAGGCACAUUAAAAUCCAUAGUCUGACAACACCAAGUCUCCAUCUGACCAUUGCAUCUGAUCAGAGAAGCAAGGAGAGAAAGCAGAUUAUUCAAGUGAAAUCUAAAGUUCUUUGAGGUCUCCUUAUAAUGAAGCUCUUGACAGCAGUUUUCCUCUUACUGUUCAUUGCAGUCUGCUUUACCAGCGUGGAAGGAUCAAAAUGCAGAUGCGCAAGAAAAGGCCCUAAGAUAAGAUUCAGUGAUAUACAAAAACUGGAAGAGAAGCCAAAGUAUCCAUAUUGCAAGGAAAGAAUGAUCAUAGUGACAAUGAAAUCACGAUUCCGAGGUGGCCAUCAGUACUGCUUGCAUCCCAAACUCCCAAGUACAAAAAGAUUACUUAAGUGGUACACAAUAUGGAAAGAGAAAGAGAGAGUUUAUGAAGAGUAAAAAGGUAGAGGCCUGGCAGAAUGGGAUUCUGUGGCAGAUGUGAGGAAAAGAUGGACAAUGGAGGAGAUGCCUUCUCACAAGACAUGACACAAAAUCUAUAUUGUUAUAAAGCACUUUUUACCAAGGAUCACUUUUUACAUUUUAUAGCUGAAAAAAGCUGCCAGAUUUCAUAAGGGUCUUUUACACACUAGAUUUCAUAUAUGCCCUUUUUGUAGAGAGAGAUCUUAUGAAACAUAAUCGUCAUUUACAAGUUGUUGUGGGCUUGUUUUUUAAAAAAGAAUCUUCAUUUGAUAGCUAUUCAUAUAUCACUGUGACUGGAAACUGGGCUUUAUAAGCUCAUUCAGUGAACCAUUACUUUGUAAAAAGGUAUUCCAAAAUAAUGUAUCUUCUUUGGUAUUCUGGAAACUUUCUAUGCCAUUGUAAGAUUUCUAGUUGUAGAAGACAUCUGUUUCUGUAGAAGAGCUGAGGUACAAUUUUCUGUGUAGAAUGAAUGAUACAAUUUCUGAAAUAAGUUUUUCAGGGGUUUAAAAUGGGAUAUAAGUUGUUCACCUGUUAAUCAUUGCAGAGGAUGUAAUAUACAAUAUGAUACUCCCCUCUUUUUAUUUUGUAUGGGAAAAAUAUUUCUAAAGCAGUUUAAUAUGAAAAGGCACAUUUUUUCCACCUGCAGUUCUUAUUAAAAGUUUGCAGCCUGAGUCUUGAGAUAUUUUAAGCUUCAGGAAUAUUGUGUAUAGUUUCAUAGAUGUGUAGUUUGAAACUCUCAAAAAUAUAUGGGGGAGGGAAUAUCUGAUAGGGAAAUGGAUAUAUCUGUUUUAGUCACAAAACAUCAUCAUCUUUAUUUUGAAUAUAGUACUUUCAAUGGUAAGCGCGCAUUCCUCUUUUUUUAAAAUUAUAAAUAACAAAACUACCUUUUCAAUUGUAAAUAUACUGCAGAUGAUUUCCCUAUAUUAUCUUGCUGUAUAAUGUAUUGUACUGCUAAAUUAUCAUAUGCUAUUUAAAUGUUUGAAAUAUUUAGGAAGUUGCAUGCAGAUUUCAUAUUUCUUUCUAUGACAAAUGGAAACAUAAGGAAUAAAAUACAUUUAAAAAUG